CCCCGUCACGGAUCCUUCCUCCUGGACUGGACUGACCAGCUCCCAGCUCUCAGUCGCUCUCCUCUCCUGCGUCCCCUCCCAUUCCUCACCGCCCGCCCGGCCUAGGGUUUUCGCCCCCCCCCAAAACCUCGCCAGCGCCAUGGCCAAGACCAAGCAAGGGAAGAAGGACGUCGACUCCUACACCAUCCGCGGCACCACCAAGGUAGUCCGAGUGGGCGACACCGUGCUGAUGCGGGCGUCGGAAUCGGACACCAUGCCGUACGUGGCGCGGAUCGAGAAGAUGGAGACGGACGGGCGCGGCAGCGUGCGGGUCAGGGUGCGGUGGUACUACCGCCCCGAGGAGGCCAAGGGUGGCAGGCGGCAGUUCCACGGCGCCAAGGAGCUCUUCCUCUCCGAUCACCUGGACACCCAGAGCGCCCACACAAUCGAGGAAACGUGCGUCGUGCACUCCUUCAAGGAGUACACCAAGCUCAACAACGUCGGGCCUGAGGACUUCUUCUGCCGCUUCGACUACAACGCCGCCUCUGGCGCGUUCCACCCUGACCGUGUGGCUGUCUACUGCAAGUGCGAGAUGCCAUACAACCCAGAUGAUCUCAUGGUGCAGUGUGAGGCGUGCAAGGACUGGUUCCAUCCAUCUUGCUUGGCAAUGACCAUUGAGCAGGCCAAAAAACUAGCCCACUUCAUGUGCUCAGACUGUGAUGAGGAAAAUGAUGGAAAUAGACCUUCAAAUGGACAUGCACCACAUUGUGGGCCUGAGGCCGAUUCAAAAAGGCAGAGGAGGUAAACAACUCUGACUGCAAACAUCCCUUGUCGAGGAGACCUGUGGUGAAUCAGUCCUUGCUGUUGCGAAUGUCGAGGUGUACAGUGCAAGAGAAAACUGUUUGCAGAACUCGUGCUUCGUUGUGUCGUAACUUGUCAGACAUUAAGUUGUGCCGUUUGGAAUGGUGCCGCUGAGUUUAGUCAAAAUGCAUGCUGUUCUACAGCAUGCCAGUCGUUUGGUAGGGGAAAGAACACCGAUGUUGAGUUGCUGACUUGCCAGCCUAGAUAUUGCGUCGUGUACUCUCGUCUGAACUUGAUUCCUUUCCCCACCCUUUGGCAGAUAAUUUAGUUCUCAUGUAGCCUCUUAGAUUUAUUUAUAUAAUUGCAGAGUCAUACAUGGUACAUUGCUGAA